AAAAGAAAAAGAAGAAAAAUGAAUUCGUAAGAAUCUCAAUCCUGAGGUUCGUAUAUGUCGCAGCAGAGUAUGCAGGCACAGAACUGUGACAAUACCAGGAAAAAGAUGAAUAGUGAAAUAGGUUUAUCUUCUAUGAAGUCCUUCAAAACCAUUUUUAUGGAAGAUUCAAAUAUCUCUAAUGAAAAAACUAUCGCAAACCAAGCUUCAUUGCACAAUGUGCAACUUCUACGGAAUCUACCUAAUAUUUUAAGAAGCAAUAAUACAAAAAUAUCUAGAAAUCAUAAACUAUUGAACAAGACUGAUGCAAAUACCUCCAGUGCAGAAGACGGAAAUUCUUCUUGGGAAUUAGAUACGUCAUCCAGCAUUGAUUUAGAUGUGGAAGCUAAUUAUAAUAAAAUUAUAUCACCAAAAUCGCAUCAUCAAAGGAAGCAAGUGCACAUUCCAUUGGACAUACAAUACGAUAUCCCUGAUUGCAACAAUAACAAAAAUAAAAAUCUGCAAGAAGUUAGUCAGUUAAAAACAUUAAAUGUGUCACCAAGUUGCAAGAAAAAUAUACCAAUGAAGAAAUUAAAGUAUAAGAAGAAGCAGAAGAAAAGUUCGUUUAAUAAAAACUUGAAAAAAAUAUCAGCUAACAGCAAAACACAUACAUCACGUAAAAAGCCAAACACUUCAGCUACUAUUCCAGAUAUAAAUAUGAAUAACGCUAUGCAAGAUGCUAAUAAUUUUUUGAUGAAUGAUAUACUUUCUCAGCCCGUUUACAAUCCUAAUUUUCCAAAUAUAAAUGUACACGAUUUAAAUGACGUUGCAACAAAACGGAUUGAGUCAUCUAAUAUUUUCUACUGUGACAACGAGAUUUACAAUUUCGAAAAAGAAUGCGAUAUAAAUCUAAAUGAUGUUAUUUCUUAUAAACCGACAGAAAUCAACGCAACGCCGUUUGAAACUAUCCAAAAAGAUAUUACUAAUUAUGAUAUUCCAAUAACAGAGAAUAAUUUGCAAGGAAAGUCGAUGGACAGUUAUAUUGGUUCUAAUUUUUUAUGUGGAUCCAAUAUAUUGUAUUCUUGUACUUGUGCAAAUUGUAUGUCACAUGAUAAAGACAUUAUAUUUUAUGAAGAUCCAGUUUCAACUUCAACAAGCAGUGACGACAUGGAAGCCGAACUUUUCGCAUGUGAUUUGCAUACAAGUAUUUAUGACUUUUACAUUAAUAAUUACUUUCAUAUAUUUGAUAAUUUAAUGGACGUUGAAAAUAAUUUUUAUGAAGAGUUUGACGAGAACAUUUCAACGAAAGAAAAUGCAUGUAGUAAUGAUAAUAGUAUAACAGAACUAAGCGGUGCAAACAUGUCAUCUAUAAACCAAAACGAAUCACAAAAUUUACAGUCUUCCUAUAUUGAUAGAAAAGAUAUUUGUACAGAAUCAUAUCCUACAGCAUUUGUCAUACAUCCUGAUAAAAUAGUAACAAUGGAAAAUUCAAAAGGUUUUGAUGAAGAAAGAAAAGAUAACCCUAAUUAUUUAAAUUUGGACAGUUUUUCGGAAAAGAAAAAUAAAAUAAUUUCUCAAGAUGAAAUACUGAUUCAAAACGUCUCGUUUGAUAUUUCCAAUUCUACAUAUCAGACACCGGCAAACCAGACAGAUUUAUGUGUUAUUCAGUGUGCUCGAUGUGGAAAACUCUUUAGUAGAAAGCAUCAAUUAUGGAAACAUUUUAGCCACUGUGACUUUUACAAGGAAAAUUUUCAAUGUCAAAUCUGCAAUAAAAUGUACAGACAUAAAUCAUCGUUAGCUCAGCAUGUACGGUUAGUACAUAAAGUAUUACAUAGUUUCCGAGAGAAACACGAGAAGUUUUAUACUUGUAAAAAGUGUUCAAAAUCAUAUGUCAGAUUUCGCGCUUUUCAAAGACACAUGCUUCUUCAUGACGAUUAG